CAAUACUUUACAAAAUUAAGGAGACGCUUUAUCUAAGUAAAUACAAAAAUUGAAAUUUCUACAACGAUCGAUUUACGAAGUCAGAAGCGGAAGAAUAAGCGUACGCCUGCGCCACGUCCUGUACGUACUCUGUUAUUUCAAGUACUCGUGCGAAGUAUACAGUAUUAGAAAUUAAAUGUGUAGUUCAAUUUUUACCAGAUUUUUCAUACAACAUCUUAAAAGUGAUUGCAUAAAACGUUGCACGAAAGAUUUUAGCAAAAAUGCGCAACAAUGAAGGAUCAGCGUUGUACUUAUUGCUAGUAUUAAUCUUAUGCGCAGAAGUAUGUAUAACAAACGCGAGACAUUUGAUUAAAAAGAGAAAUUAUAGCGAUCAAAGCGUGAGAGGUUAUUUGGCAGAGAGGACUUGUUGGUGGAAUGAGGUGUGCAAAGAAGAAUUUCACAGCAAAUUCCGCUGCCGUUGUCCAAGAUGGUCCUAUUGUCGUGCUCCUGGCAGAUAUUACGACGCUCAUUGUAGUAUAACACGUACAGGCUACAUUUGGACUCAACCAGAAACUUCAUUGACGCUCGAAGUUAAUAAAUGAGUACUUUUUGUAAAUUCUUCUUUGGUCGCACUUAUCCAAGGAUCAAUCAAAAAUUAAUACAGUAGAAUUACGUGGGGGAUAAGGCUGUUUGGAUGAGAGAAAGAACAUAAAUAUCGAUAAUAGCAAUACAAACAAUGAAAUUAAAUAUAAUUCUAUUAAAGAUUUAUGGGCCCGAAAUUCUUUUAGCUGUUAGAUCACACAACUUUUUAGCAGAUCUAAUUCGGUAAAGUUACAUUUCAUUUGUGACUGCUACCAUCUUAACUCUAUUUCUAACGCCUCAAAUAUGUACUUGGAAACGUUGAGAAAUAUCAUUGUCAUUAUAUUCAUGUUUCAUUUCAUUGUCCGAAAUACACGUAAUAUUAGUAUCAUGGUCAAUCGAAAAAGAUUCAUCACAUUGAAAUCAUUCUAUCAGGUCGGCGUUAUAACAACUUCUAUCAGUUCGACAGAAAACUAACUAUUAUACUAAGAAGAAAAUUAAUUAUUAUUUUUAUUUAGUCCGUGCCUCUCGGCUUUGGACGAACUUUCAGCUUUCUUUACAGCUCUUUAUUGCACUAAUCGCCUUCUUAUCUCUAAUCUAACACUAAUGCUU